GCCGUGAACUUGGAGGAGCUCCGUCCGUCGCUGCUGGCAGAGCUGUCCGCGCUCCGAGGAUGAUUUCCGCUCACACACUGUUGCGCCUCCCCGGAUAACCCGCUGCGGGUCAAAAUGUCAACUCCAGAUUUCUCCAUUUAGACACAAAAGUGAUUUAGACUUCUAUGUUUGUUUUUCUUCCUCCUUGUGCGAGAUAGUAAAAAAAAAGAAAAAAAGAAAACCCAAAACGGGGAAGUGGAAAACGCCUGAGAAGUUGCUCAUCAUACACUGAGGUUGAACAACUGUGACCUCAGAUCAUGGCCUACACACUGGGCGUGGCACAGGACGGUCGGAGCCGCAGUGUUGGACCACAGCACUGCAUCACUCGGGUCGAGCUAUCCGUCACAGCCUCCAACCUGCUGGAUCGAGACGUAGCCUCCAAAUCCGACCCGUUCUGCGUUCUCUUCCACGAAGUUGAUGGAAACUGGGUGGAGCUGGGCCGCACCGAGACGGCGGUGAACAACCUGAACCCGGUGUUCGGGGUGAAGUUCCAGGUGGACUAUCACUUCGAAGAGAUUCAGAAGCUGCGCUUCGCCAUGUUCGAUGAAGACAAGUGCGCCACGCAGCUUUAUGAACACGACUUCCUGGGAGAAUUCAUCUGCACACUGGGAGUGAUCGUGUCCAAUAAGAAACUUCACAAACCGUUGAUAUUAGCCAAUGGGAAGCCAGCUGGCAAAGGCUCUGUCACGAUUACAGCACAGGAGCUGUCUGACAACAGAAUCAUCACUUUGACCCUCAGUGGGCGUAAACUGGAUAAAAAGGAUUUCUUUGGUAAAUCAGAUCCUUACCUGGAGUUUCAUAAACAGGGAGAAGACGGUAAAUGGAUGCUAGUUCACAGGACGGAGGUGAUAAAGAACACAUUAGACCCGGCGUGGAAACCUUUCACUGUGCCUCUCAUUUCUCUCUGCAAUGGAGAUGUGGAGAGAAGCAUUAAGGUGCUGUGUUAUGAUUACGAUAAUGACGGAGGCCAUGACUUCAUUGGAGAGUUCCAGACCACAGUUUCCAAGAUGAGCGAAGCGCAGAACUCAGUGGAGGUGGAGUUUGACUGCAUCAACCCCAAGAAACAGAAAAAGAAGAAAAACUACAAAAACUCAGGAGUCAUCAUCGUUAAGUCCUGUAAGAUUGCACACGAUUACACCUUUCUGGAUUACAUUCUGGGAGGAUGCCAGCUCAUGUUUACAGUCGGUAUAGACUUCACAGCGUCCAACGGGAACCCCAGAGAGCCGUCCUCUCUCCACUACAUCAACCCGCUGGGCAGCAACGAGUAUCUCUCUGCCAUUUUAGCUGUUGGCCAAAUCAUACAGGACUAUGACACUGACAAAAUGUUUCCUGCGCUGGGAUUCGGAGCCCAACUCCCCCCAGACUGGAAGGUAUCACAUGAAUUUGCCAUAAACUUCAAUCCCACCAAUCCCUUUUGUUACGGUGUGGAGGGCAUCGCCCAGGCUUACUCGGCCUGUCUCCCUCACAUCCGCUUCUACGGGCCGACAAACUUUGCGCCGAUCAUCAGCCACGUUGCCCGCUUUGCCGCUCAGGCUCUCCAGCAGGAGAAAGCAGCGCAGUACUUCACUCUCCUCAUCAUCACAGAUGGUGUCAUCAGCGACAUGGACGAGACGCGCCACGCUAUCGUUCAGGCCUCUAAGCUGCCAAUGUCCAUCAUCAUCAUCGGCGUUGGUAACGCGGACUUUGCUGCCAUGGAGUUCUUGGAUGGAGACGCCAGCGUUCUGAGGUCCAACACGGGAGAGGAGGCUGUCCGGGACAUUGUGCAGUUUGUCCCCUUCAGGGAUUUCCGUAAUGCACCAAAGGAGACGCUUGCCAAAUCCGUCCUGGCCGAGCUCCCUCAGCAGGUCACCCAGUACUUCAAACAGCGAAAUCUACCCCCCAUAAAUCCGGCACCGGAGUGAGACGUCCUGUGGCCCAGAGUCCACUCGCUGUACAUUAGCUUGACGGAUCCUCAAAAUGUUCUCGUUACAGGCAAACAGUGCAGAAUGAAAGUGUGUAUGUCAGAAAAAAAACAAUCUAACAUCCAUGCCAAUCAUAUUUUAUACUGGUUAAAGACUGUUUGGUCAGUUUAAAGUGUGAGUCCAUCAGAAGUGAUGUUGUUUGUGUCCAAAAGCUUAUCGGCACUGGAUGUGUUCAGGUUAUGGAGGUAAAUUACCUUGACAGAACAGGACGGGUUUUUUUUUUUUUCAUUUAUUUAUUUUGCAUGUCAGUGUGUCAUGUGACAGGGACCAUGUGAUCCAUGGAUCUCCAUUGUGUAAUUUUUUUUUUGAAGCCAAACAUUAUCUGUGGUUGAAUCCUCUUCAGGUUUUAUUUGAGGUAGCAGAUGUGAUGGAAGCUAUUUGCUUUUGUGCUCAUGUGCAGCAGACUCGCAGUCUGAGGUCUAAACAGAGCCAAAUUUCCUCAGCCAUGACAGAGAGAGGUUUUUAUUUGGAAGUUGUGAUCAACAGUAAUCUGAGCGGUGGGGAUUAGUUCCUGGAGAGGAUGAAAUCAGGGCAGAAUGAGGCCACAGUGGCUGCUGUAGCAACAUCACGGGGUAGAUGUGGGGUACUGUGUGAACGCAUUAGGCUGUUUAAUAUGCAGACCAUUUUGUUGGCUUUUGCACAGUUCCUGUAUUUAUUAUAACCUGCAUGUUGCCAGUAUUUCCUUAUUGUUUACAAAAAGUGACGAUCACAAAUGCAUGUUUUUUUAUAUAAAUGUUUAAUCAGAUGAAAAUAUUUAAUGAAAGUUUCUUGACUGAAAAGUGUUUAAUGACAAAGAAAUAUGAUUCAAAUGGAGUUUAAUAAGCAGAAAGUAUAGAGAAACUUUGAGUAAGAUCUUUUCGAAUGUAUAUUUCUAUGAUCCUCUUUCUGAAAUUAUGAACCAAUGUUUCCGCCAUGUUUAAUGUCAUUUUUAUGCAGUGCUCUAUUGUGUAAUAAACUGACGUGUAUUGCUGUGA